AUGACCUUACAGAAUCAUCGCUUCUCUGUUGCAGACUUAUCAGGCUGGUCUGCCGCCCUGAAGGCGUCCACGGCGCGCCCGGUCCUUGUCCAUCUCAACGCAGACACCACUUGGCUCAUCCAGCUGCCGCUUCCGAACCCGUCUGCAACCCGCACACACUUCAACUUGCUUAUAGACCCUUGGCUGAGAGGUCCACAGAGCGAUGUCGCCUCGUGGUUUAGUACACAGUGGCAUGUCGUGGCGCCGUCGGUAGAUACCCUCGCAAACUUGAACCAGGUGCUCUGUGCGCUCGAAACAGGCAACAAUAACAGUCAGGCCGGUGGCAAGGGGUGGUUUAUAGAUGCAGUCGCUGUAUCCCAUGAGUUUACAGACCACUGCCACAAGGCAACGCUGCUGGAGCUGCCGCCAACGACUACCGUCUUUGCAGCAGAUCUUGCGGCAGACCUCAUUCGGUCGUGGAAUCAUUUUGAUGUUGUAACUACCACUCCGGGAUUCGUCGAGGAUGCGAACUGGCAAGAUAUAGAGGGUGGUAGUUUGCCGUCAUGGCUGCGAAUUGGCCGUGUCAUCACUCCAAACAACUCAUUAUACUAUCACUCCGCCGUGAUAAUAGCCUUUGACCUCUCGCCGACAUCGACAGGCGAAGCCGAGGCCAUGGUGUAUAGUCCACACGGCAUUGAAGCGUCGGAUUUAUCAUUCUUGGCAUCCAAGUCGAGCUUACUCUCGACGUUGGCGCUUCUUCACGGCCUUCAUGACGUGAGCAUUAUGUAUACCAAACAGCUAAACCUGGGCGGGCUGAACGGUAUUGACGCCGUGCGAGCAUCCGGAGCAAAGUAUUGGAUAGCAACACACGAUGAGAUCAAAAAGGGAGGUGGCAUUAUCGCUCCAUUACUUAUGCGUACGCAAUACACUGUGGAUCAGGCAAACCAGCAUGAUCAAAAACACGCCGUUGACAACGAAACAGGCUACAAGUUUUUAGAUUUGGCUUCUGGCGAUGGAUACAUUCUUGUUUAA